GAUUUUUGAUUUUUCUUCACUGAUCAAAGAACUCCCACGUUCGGAUCUUCUCCUCCAGCCUCUUCCUUUCUUCUGGCUUUUCUUUUCUUUUCUUUCAAUUUUGUAUUUUUUUUCCCUUCCCGUUUUGCCCUCUUUGUGUGGACCAGCAAAAACCCUAGUUCAGGGGUAUCUAGGAUCAAAGAAAGCUGCCCAGCUCCAAAAAGCAGGAUCUUGAUGCAACUUUUCAAUUUCCCAAAUAGACCCUGAGUGUUUCAAGAACUGCCCACCGCCGAUGGCAGAAGGGUGGGAGGAGAAUCUUGAUCUCGAGAGACUACAUAUAGAGCCGAUAUAUGAUUCCUUCAGAUGCCCUCUGACGAAGAAAGUGAUGCGUGAUCCGGUCAGCCUUGAAAAUGGCCAAACCUUUGAGAGAGAAGCGAUCGAGAAAUGGUUCAAAGAAUGCAAACUCAAAGGGAGAAAUCUUGUCUGCCCCAUAACACAAAGAGAGUUAAGAAGCACAGAGCUCAAUCCGAGCAUAGCUUUGAAGAACACGAUCGAAGAAUGGAAUGCAAGGAAUGAAGCCACUCAGCUUGACUCUGCCCGAAGGUCACUGUCUCAAGGAACGGUGGAGGGCGAAAUUCUCAAAGCAUUGCGGUUUCUCAUAAUCUACUGCAAGAAAAGUCAGUCCAAUAGAAUUGUGAUUCGCAACGCAGAGCUCAUACCAAUGGUUAUUGACAUGUUAAGGAACAGCAGCCGUUUGGUUCGGUGCAAGGCUUUGGAAACCCUUCGUGUUGUGGUAGAGGAUGAUGCAGAUAGUAAGGAAAUAUUGGCAGAGGGUGACACGGUUCGCACGAUAGUGAAGUUCCUUUCACAUGGCGAGUCAAAGGACAGAGAGGAAGCCGUUUCCUUGCUGUUUGAGCUCUCCAAGUCUGAGAUUUUGUGUGAAAAGAUUGGUUUGGUCGACGGAGCAGUUCUCAUCCUAAUGGGAUUGGCAAGCAGCAGAUCAGAAAAUCUUUUGACAGUCGAAAAAGCUGAGAAAACACUGGAGAAUCUGGGCAAGUGCGAACGGAAUGUAAGGCAAUUGGCAAAGAAUGGUAGACUACAGCCUCUCUUGAAUCUACUGCUCAAAGGAUCAGCAGAGACCAAGAUUUCAAUGACUGCAUUUCUUGGGGAGCUAGUCAUAGACAAUGAGGUGAAAAUCUUAGUAGCCAACACUGUGGGUUCUUCACUCAUUGACAUCAUGAAACAUGGUACCCUACAAGGUAGGGAGGCUGGUCUGAAAGCUCUGAACCAAAUAUCCUCGUACGAGGUUAGUGCCGAGAUUCUGAUAAGGGCAGGUAUCCUCCCGCCCCUCGUCCAAGAUCUCUUCAGCAUCGGCGCCAAUGCCCUUCCCAUGAGGUUGAAGGAGAUCUCCGCCACGAUUUUGGCAAACAUCGUGAGCUCCGGUUACGACUUCCAUUCUGUCCCGGUGGGCCCCGCCAGGCAUCGGACCCUGGUGUCGGAAGACGUGAUUCAUAACUUCCUCCAGCUGAUCAGCAACACGGGACCCACGAUCGAGUGCAAGCUCCUUCAGGUCCUUGUGGGGCUCACCAGCUCCCCCACCACCGUGUCCAGCGUUGUUUCCACUGUCAAAAACUCCGGAGCCAUUCUCAGUUUGGUUCAGUUCAUUGAGUCCCACCAGAAGGAUCUUAGGCUUGCUUCCAUAAAACUUCUCCAGAAUCUUUCCCCACACAUGGGUCAGGAACUUGCCAGUUGUUUACGGGGCUCGUCUUCUCAGCUAGGGACCCUAGUCAGGGUUAUAUCAGAGAGUUUAGGGGUAAUAUCGGAAGAGCAGGCAGCAGCCGUAGGGUUUUUAGCCGAUCUCCCGGAAAGAGACAGUGGGAUGACAAGGUUAAUGUUCGAAGAGAAACUCUUCGAGGUCGUCUUCGAUGGGAUUGUCAGCAUCAGACAGAACAAGACGAGAAGGUCCCGGUUUCUGACCCCGUGUCUUGAAGGGCUCGUGAAGAUUCUCGCAAGAUUCACUUUUGUGGUCCCCACGGACCCCGACGUCCUCGCCCUUUUCAGGGAACUUAACGUCGCCUCCCUCUUCGUCGAGCUUCUGCAGAGCAACUGGCUGGACAACGUCCAAAUGGUGUCCGCCUCGGCUCUGGAGAAUCUCUCGCAAGCCACAAAAAACUUGACGAGGCUGCCCGAGCUGCCCAAGCCCGGGUUUUUUGCCUCGAUCUUCUUCCCUUGCGUGAGCACCAACCGCGGCUUGAUGACCGGGCUGUGUGGGGUCCACCACGGGAUGUGCUCGUUCAAAGAGGCGUUUUGCCUCGUGGAAGGGCGGGCCAUACAUAAGCUCGUCGCCCUGUUGGACCACACGAGCGUCGGGGUGGUGGAGGCGUCGCUCGCGGCUCUCUCGACGCUUUUGGACGACGAGGUCGACAUCGAGAAGGGAGUGGAGGCGGUAUGCGAGGCCGAAGGGUUCGGGCCGAUAAUAGCCGUGCUGAUAGAGAAGCGCACGGAGAAUCUGAGGCGGAGGGCAGUUUGGGCAGUCGAGAGGCUUGUGCGGAUCGACGAGUUGGCGUCUCGGGUUUCGGGCGACCCGAAUGCGACCACCGCUUUGGUGGAGGCUUUCCAGAACGACGACGUGAUGACGCGCCAGAUCGCCGAGCGGGCCCUGAGGCGAAUCGACAGGAUCCCAAACUUCUCCGGCGUCUUCCAGAGAAAUGGACGUUAGCGCGGGCGCCCGAAUUCGACCGUUUCGCCCGAAUUUAUCCGUUUCCACUUGCAGUUUUUUUUACUUCUUCCCUGUUCUGUAGAUUGGAUUUUGUGGUCUCUGUAAUUUCUUCUGAUUCAGUCUCAUUUCUUACUCUGCAAAAUUGUUGUUGUAAUAGCUGUAGAUGAUUGGGUAAAAAAAGACCAAAAACCACAUCAAUUAAUGUAUUUUCAUAAG